AUGGAGAACUUCCAGUACAGCGUCCACCUCAGUGAGCAGGAAUGGGCUGAGUUCUCUGCCACGGCCGCCGAGUGUGACCUCUUGCAGGCCAGCCUGGCCUCCGGGGAUGACACUGACCCAGGGGACAGCAGCGGCAGCAGCCCCCCCGGGCCCCUGUCCCAUCCCAAGGGACAAUCUGCUCCGGCAGGAAGGAGGGGCCAGGCUGGCUUCGAGGAAGAGGACAAGGCGGUCACCCGGCAGCUGGUCAGCAGGUCUUGGCAUGAGUCUGGCCCGGCCCUCGGGGCCAGUCAGCAGACACCGGGCACGUCCACAGGCUCAGAAGUCUGGCCGUCCCUCGACUCCGGCCAGAGCUCAUCCUUCCCCCGGCCUCCUGGAGUCGAGAUGCAGCGGCUCCUGCAGGGGCCAGCCCCCCGGGACCCUGUCCCCAGCGCCGCCGAAGAGGCUUCUCAAAGUCUGGAGGCCCCCGCCCGCAACGCUGCCCCUAUUGUGGCCCCCAGUAGCCCCGGAGCCACGACCCGCAGCCCCAGCAGGAAGAAACGGCGCUCUGCGGGUGCCAAGGCCGGGGGACGCUCUGGCACCCUGGGCCCCACUCCAGUCCAGGGGGCUGAUGCCGGCCCUGGGGGUCCGGGGCCCCAGGGUGAAAAACCCUUGGCUGUGGCUGCAACACGGACCCCAGGGACUAGGCAGGAAGACUCUCGUGGAUCCGAGCAGGCGGCUUUGGAUCCGCCUGCCUCUGCCUCUGCCUCUCCCACCAAGCAAGGUCAAGACUUGCUCACGAUGACCUCUGUGGCUGAGCCUUGCACUGGGUCCUUGCUGGGCCAGGGCGGUUGCCCUGACAGCUUGGGGAAUAAGUCAGACCGGCCUCUGUCUACACCCGCUUCCAAGAUUCAACCCGACACACCUCUGUCUGCACCCGUCUCUAAGCCUCAGCCUGGUUCUCCUCUGUCUACCCCGGCUUCCAAGCCUCAGCCUGACUCUCCUUUGUCUGCACCUGCCCCCAAGCCUCAGUCAGACUCACCUCUGUCUACAUCCACCUCCAAGAUUCAAUCCAACACGCCUCUGUCUACACUCGCCUCCAAGCCUCAGCCCAAUUCUCCUUUGUCUACACCCGCCUCCAAGCCUCCAUCGGACUCGCCUCUGUGUACACCUGCAUCCAAACCUCAGUCCAACUCGCCUCUGUCUACGCCCGCCUCCAAGCCUCAGCCUGACUCUCCUUUAUCUGCACCUGCCCCCAAGCCUCAGUCGGACUCUCCUCUGCCUACAUCCACCUCCAAGGUACGACCCAACACGCCUCUGUCUACACCCGCCUCCAAGCCUCAUCCUGAUUUUCUUUUGCCUCAUCCUGAUUUUCUUUUGUCUGCACCUGCCUCCAAGCCUCCGUCGGACUCGCCUCUGUGUACACCGGCAUCUAAACCUCAGUCCAACUCGCCUUUGUCUACACCCGCCUCCAAGAUUCAACCCGACACGCCUCUGUCUAUGCCCGCCUCCAAGCCUCAGUCCAACUCUCCUUUGUCUAUGCCUGCGAUCAAGCCUCAGUCCAACAUGCCUCUGUCUACACGUGCCUCUGCAUCUCAGAGUGACACGCUUCUGUCUAUCCCUGCUUCCAAACCUCAGCCCAGUAAUCCUCCGUCUACUCCCACCUCCAAGAUUCAGGCCGAAGUGCCUCUGUGGACACCUGUCUCCAAGCCUCAGCCUGACACACCUCUGUCUACACCCACCCCCAAGCCCAGACUGGAUCCAGACCUGUGCUCGCUCAGCCCAGCAGGCCAGCCAGAGCUGGGCUCAGCCCCAGUGGAGACGGCGCAGUCCUCCGAGAGCUUGCCCCCACCUGGCCCCACUGCCCCGUCCGGACAGGCUGCUCUGGGUCCGGGGCCUGUGCCCACGCAGGAGCCAGGCCCAAGUCCUGUGGUGGCUCCAGGGUGGUCCCGAGAAGAGCCCACAGGAGGACAAUCAGCAGGCAGCCCCGGGCACCCCCCAGUGGGUACCUCAGCUGGCUCUGCCCAAGUCUCCAAGAGGAAGAAAGUGCGAUUUUCCAUGCCGACCCCCUGCCCUGAGGAGCCAGGGUCAGCAGGGGGCCCAGCAGCCCCCUCUCCUGCCUCAGUCUGGCCCUCAGCCCCCAGGACAGCGGUGGGGGCGGGCCCUGGAGCCUGGGACGCGGUGGCAGUUGGGUCUCGGCCCCCCCAGCCCCGGAUCCUUAAGCACCUGCCCCCCCCUGCCCCCUUUGCCACCGCGAGCUACGGGUCUCGGAGCUCCUUUGUGGUGACCCUCCCUGAGGCCUACGAGUUCUUCUUCUGUGACACCAUUGAGGAGGAGGACGAAGAGGCCGAGGAGGCCGCGGAGGCCCCAACUGAAGUCCAGUGGCCGGAUGUGUGUGAAUUCUUCUUCAGGGACAGCCGUGCCCAGAGGCCAGGGCACAGGGCAGGUGUCCAGGGCUCAGGCCCCGAGAAGCAGCAGGAGCCCAUCACCAUUCCGGAAGCCUACGAGCACUUCCUUGGAGACGGUCAGACAAGCGUGUUGGAGCCGGCUGUCCUUCAGCUGCAGGCCAGGGUCCAAGAGCCGCCCCCCCAGGUUCUGGCCCAGGAAGCGGGGCUGAAUGCCCCCCGGGAUCAACUGCAACUGGCGCUCAGGCAAGCAGGAGAGCCCUGGAGUCCCCUCACUCCGUUCACCGUCAGCCAGAAAGAUAUGUGUCUGGUGUUUGUCGCCUUCGCCUCCUGGGCUGUGAGGACGUCAGAUCUGCACACCCCGGAUGCCUGGAAAACAGUCCUGCUGGCCAACCUCGGCACCAUCUCGGCCAUCCGCUACUUCCGGCGGCAGGUGAGUCGGGGCCGCCGCAGCCCCCCCGGCAGCCGGAGUCCCAGCCCCAGCUCCUAG